AUGGACGUGCGUACGGUAAGCUACGUGUCAGAUGGAGUUGAGCAAGCGAUGGAGUUAAGCCACCUGCAAACGAAGCAGGCGGGUGGGCGAAGCGAACGCAGUAUCUCUGGCUCCGAACCUUCAAAGCAACCGUCAGCAACCGGUGGGCCAAACCUUUAUGCGCCCAGUGUGGUUAGCUCUCAGCUGCGUCCACAGCCCGUCGCGACUGUACCGACGCCGGCACCUGUCCCCGUGCCUGUUCCCGUUUCUAUACCUCCGGCACGUUCAUCCCAACCUCCGCAGCAGGUCCGCUUUACUUCUGAACCCCGUGCCGAGGUUAAGUUUGCCCCAGCGGCACCGCUAAAGACUCCACUCGUGCGUCCCUUGCUACCGGCACAGCAACCACAGCUUCAGCAACAUCCACGCGACCUAGCAGCACCUGCCGCCGUCCAUCCGGCACCGAUUACACUCCGCCAGCCCAUCGUCCUCCAGCAGGCCCCUUACGCAAUGGACCCUGUACGACCCAAUCCCGGUAUGCCCCCCGGGGCACAGAUGAUGCGGCCCCCGGUCAACGUUGGUCCACCGCGGACGGGAACACCCACACAACCACAGCCACCCCGCCCGGGGGGUAUGUACACCGGUCCACAUCAACCACCAGGCGUCCCCAUGCCCAUGCGGCCACAAAUGCCACCGGGCGCUGGUGUUCCUGGGAUGCAGCCAGGCAUGCAACCGCGACCUCCGUCGGCCCAGGGCAUGCAACGUCCACCCAUGAUGGGGCAGCCGCCUCCAAUCCGGCCGCCCAACCCGAUGGGAGGCCCACGGCCAACCAUUUCGCCCCAAAAUUCGAACCUCGGCGGAGGAAUGCUGCCGGGUAUGGGAGGACCCAGACCACCGAUGCCCAUGCAGGGCGGCGGAGGAGUGGGUGGCCCCGCUGGACCUCCACAGGGUAUGAGACCGAACUUCUACAACCGUCCCAUGGGGCCGGGAGAUCCGAGCAGGCCACCGUCCGGCAUUGACAUGGGUGGACCAGGGGGUGGAAUAGCUGGAGGACCUCCAUCAUCUGCGACUCCGUCGGUCGACGAUGAUGAGGACGUUGUGAUUGGGCGAGUUUCAGCGGACAGCUCUUCGGCGCUGAACAGUCCCAAUCCCGCGAGAGCUCCUUCGCGUAACUUUAACAUGCCCGGGCCACCGUCGGCGACGGGAGUGGAGCGGGAGAAGUCGAUUCCGUCCCGACCGCCAUCCGUCGCAGGCAACUACGGUAAGCCCGGUUCGAACGAGUUUGAGCUCGACAGUGCAUCUGGCAGGCCGCUUCAUGCGCUGAAGGACUUUAUCAACAAGGAUCCUUCCCGGCCGGGUCAAUCGCCCACCCAAUCACCUUCGCCCGGCAGUCAACAGUCCCUGUCGCCAGCGAACACGGACGAGAACUUCAGCUAUCGGCCCGGGCCAAAGCCAGCUUCCGGUCAACCACAGUACAAGCUGCAACCACCACCUGGAACCCGUCCCAACGUGCAAAGCCCUUCGGCGACCGGUCCGGGUGGUCGUUCCGAGGGGGACAAAGUUACCUUCCAGAUACCGAACGGCGGUGCCAGAGAAGGGUCCCAGGAGUGGAACUCACGAUCGAGACCGCCACAGCAGCACAUGGUCCGGACUGGACCGAAAUCUUUAACGGCCGAUCACAAAGGUGACAACGAUAGCGGCGUUGACGAGUACACUCAGGAAAAGGAUCGUCCCAAUGCGCUAGCAUCGCCAGCGUCGCCACUGAAGUCACCGAGCAAGAUACCGGGACUAGCCAGAAGACCGGAGAACAUUUCGUCCGAAACCCGAUCGCGGAGCACCUCGAAGCAGCGCGCCAACGCGAAAACACCGGAAACGCCCUCCGAGCAGCCGCUAAUUAAAAAAGUACCAAUGAACAAAAUACAAGUCGGUGGGACACCAUCUCCGAAUCUGAAGGUCGUCAAGUCGAAGAUUGGGUCGCUGGAAAACGCCAGCCACAAACCGGGCGGUGGCCAUGUGAAGAUCGAAACGAAGAAAGUCGACAUAAAGGCGGCACCACGGAUUGAGGCGAAAAAUGAUGCGUACGUGCCGAAGGGUGGCGAUAAGAAGAUUAUAAGCACAAAGCUGCAGUGGAACGCAAAGCCGAAGAUCGGUUCGAUGGACAAUGCGAGUCACAAGCCGGGCGGUGGCGACAAGCGUAUCGAGUCGAUCAAGACCGACUUCAAGGAGAGGGCAAAGCCCAAAAUUGGUUCCAAGGACAACAUUACGUACAAACCGGGUGGCGGUGACAUAAAGAUCGUACACCAGAAGCUAGACAUCAAGGCGGAAAGUAAGAUCGGUUCGCUGGACAACCUUAAACAUAAGCCGGGCGGUGGCGAUAAGAAAAUAUUCGACGACAAGGAGUAUCUGAAGAACAUCGAGCAUCCGAUCACGCCAAGUCCUUCCACACAGCGUUCCUCGUCGAUGCGCCGGAUGACGGCGAGCGUGUCCGGGGUGGAUCUGUGUCGCAGCAUUGACUACGAGCCGGUACGAGCACCUCCAUUAGCGACCGCAUCACUCACCGCCUCGCUGUCGAUUCCGUCCGAGUGUAUCGUACUGUCCGUGGCCAAUGAACCGAGUCCCGAGCGGAAGGUGCAGAAGCUAGAAUCGGCCCCAUGUUUCAUACGAAAGGAUGGUCGCGCCAUACACCCGAAACCAUUCCGCACUUAUUAAGGAAGGUUAGCGCGUGAAUGUGGGGGAAACUUUACAAAAUUAAACAGUCACGACAUUGGAAACCAUAUUACGCGUAAGAAAACUCACUCAACCGCCAUAGGAUGCUUAUUACAAAUCGAAACAUAUCUCGAAAGGCGAAUCGAUGUUUACCGAAACAGUGUACAAACUAAACACCUAAAACCUUCUCUUCCACGCUCCAGCGCCAAUUGCCAUGGCUCGCAAAACCAUUCCAUUAAGCAGACCAUAUAGGGUUACCAAGUCUCUCAGUAGUUAGUUUAGCGUCAUAGACAACGGAUAUCCCAUUUGUUAUGCUUUGUUUGCAUGUGUGCAAACGUCUGUAGUUUAGACAAAAAAACUGUGCUAUUUGUAGCGUUACUUCCAUAAGCAAACACCGCCAGGAUCUUCCCACUGAACAAAAUCUAGUUCCGAAUUCUAGCACUUGCCCUGAAGAUAGUGUACAAACGAAAAUCGGACCAAAACCACAAACGACAUCCUGAACAUCUUUUCCCAGUUGAGAGAAAAUUUGAAAUCAGAACCGGAGAUGAGUGAAACGGAAUUAAAAAAAAAGAAACACACAAACAGAUUAGACAAACCAUUACUUCGCCACUGUUUUCGGUAACUGAAAACAGGGCGAUAAGUAAAAGGAAACGACAUCGGUAAUUGAUACUCUGACGAGUUUCAAUCUCGAUCACAACGACAAAACUAACAGUCAGAUUUAAAUCGUUAUGCCUUAAGGGCAUAAGAAAAGAAACAAAUAAUCCAAUCGAGAAACAAUCGAAAGGACGAGGCACAGUUGGGCACUCAAUAGCGUACGAGAGGUAGAGUAGCACUAGGACCCUCCCUAUGGUACGGUUGUUAGUAAAUUUGUUUUACAUACUCUCCCUACAUUGUGUAACAUCUGCAGGCAACGGUUUUCGACAAGCAAAAGUCACAUUUAACCAGUGAAACACUUAAAACUCUACAUAAUACUCUCCCCCACCAUAGUGCAGGAAUGCAUUCCUCUUCGAACGCCAUCUAUUAGGGAUUCUUUCACAGAGCCAAGCAAAACUGCACACCUCACGAUACGGCAAAAAGGUUAAUGGAAACUAGAACACGAGGAUUAGUUUUUUUUAUUGUAUAGCGAUGCAAGAUGUUAGUACGUUGUUUCGUCCGUUUGUUUGUUCCUUCCUUUCUUUUGUUGUUCUCAUCAUGACGCGCGCGCACGCAUCUAUUGUUCUGUUCUUCUUCUUUUGUUUCUUUACUCCCCGAUAGUUCAAUGUUGUUGUCGCGUUGGCAUUUGAUUAGACUUUCGGUUUUGUUUUUCUUUUCUAUAAUCAAAAGCAAAAUAAAUAUCAAAUACAAAACGAAUUGUAUUCAGAACACGCGUAAUCUAUUGUUUCUUUUUUUUUUCUCUCUC